GUGAGAGAAAUGGCUGCUACCACACUAAGUGGCCUGCUACAGUGCAAUUUUCUCACUAUGGAUGCACCCAUGCAGACCCAUUUUGAACAGCUGUGCAAGAUGAGGUUACCGAAAAAGCGGAAGCGAGACCUGGGUUCGGUGAUGGAUCCAAUUCCUUCUGGUGACCUGGUCAAACGCCACGCCGGUGUGCUGGGGCUGAGCGCCUGCAUUUUGUCCAGUCCCUAUGAUGUGCCCACCUGGAUGCCACAGCUCUUGAUGGAUCUCAGUGCCCAUCUUAACGACCCUCAGCCUAUUGAGAUGACUGUGAAAAAAACACUGUCAAAUUUCCGGAGGACCCAUCACGACAACUGGCAGGAGCAUAAACAGCAGUUCACGGAUGACCAGCUGCUCGUGCUUACUGACCUCUUGGUUUCACCGUGCUACUAUGCAUAG